GGGUUUCAACUUGGUCCACAUACUAUUACUACUAAGAGACAAAGUAAAAGUCAACUGUGCGUGCGUGGACCGACAAGAAAUCUAAGUUGAUUACAAUAUUUAUGACAAAUAAUUUAUUUUUGUUUGUCUCAUUUUGGUUUAUCAUGGAGAGUUCGACGACGGGGUCAGGUGGCGGUGGUAAUCCAGCACCGUUCCUAGUGAAAACAUAUGAGAUGGUUGAUGAUUCGUGUACAGAUGAGAUAGUAUCAUGGAGUGAAAACAACAACAGUUUCAUCGUUUGGAAUCCAACUGAAUUUGCUCGUCUUCUUCUUCGUAAUUAUUUCAAACACAAUAAUUUCUCUAGCUUCAUUCGUCAGCUUAAUACUUAUGGAUUUCGAAAAAUACAUCAUGAGCAAUGGGAGUUUGCUAAUGAAUAUUUUGUGAAAGAUCAAAAGCAUCUUCUUAACAACAUUCACCGUAAGAAACCAAUUCACAGUCACAAUAAUUCACAAGGCUCUCAUGUAGAUCCAGAAAGGUUAGCAUUUGAGGAAGAAAUAGAGAAACUUUCGAACGAGAAAACUACUAUUCAAUCCAAUAUUUCAAACUUCAAGCAAAAUAUAUCAACCGCAAAGCUUCAUCUGGAAGAUCUGCAACAACGAUUAGACGGCAUGGAGAAGAGGCAAAAAAACUUGUUGAACUUGUUUGAAAGGGAACUUCAAAAUCCUAAAUUUGUUGAACAAAUUUAUCAGAAAAUUGAGUCCUUAAAUUUAUCAGGACACAACAAGAAAAGGCGAUUUCCUCAUGUUGUUGAAAAUAGUUUUGUUGACAAUGAUAGCAAUUUUGGAAUAACGGAAGUUGGAAAUAUGAAUUUUUUCCGUGAAGAUUUCUGCAGUAAACUCAACUUGUUAUCAACUACUAGUUCAAAUGAAGAUGGUGAAAGCACACAUAAUAAGAUGUUGUGCGAAGGAGAAUUACCGAAAGAAACUCUUGGAUUUGUAUCUGGAAAAGAAUGUCAUUUGCUCUCAUGCUCUCCUUCGGUCAAUCUUAUCUCAGAUCAUGCCGAUAAUGGAGCAUGCUUCACUUUUGAUAUGGAUUCAUGCUUAUUACAAGGUGGAAAAUUGAACUCCUCGGAACCAAAGAACGGAGAAAGUGAUUGUGAUCAAAUAUGCUGUCUUUUAAGUCUAACUAUGGCAUCUUCUCCGGCACAAGAUAUAUCACCACAAAUAGACUGUCAAGAAAUCGGUAAAUCAAUUGAAUCAAGAUUUCAUACCAAUGAUCAUAUUGGAGCUUUUUCAAACAGGAAUUUGGAUAAUGUGGUUACAAGUUUAGCCUCCUCGAUAGUCUCUCCUAGUAACGACCAAGGGAUCCCAGCUGCUCCGGUUAAAGACAGAGUGAAUGAUCUGUUUUGGUCACAGUACCUUACAGAAUGACUUUGCUCUUUAGAGUUCAGAAUGACUAUUGUUGUAGUUUUUUUUUUUUUUUUGGGUUAAGACUAUUGUUGUAACUUGUAGUUUUAUAGAUAUUUGUGGUUUGAAUGAUAUUACUUUAACUGUGAUGUGAUUAAUGUAAACUAUAUGAACGGUUUUUCUUGGUCUAAUGUGAUGUUGAUAGA